CACAAACGACGCUAUACGGUUUCUCCAGUCAGUCGCUUGGCGAACGCUCGUGCGAAACGAUCUGUUGUCAACAUGUCUGAGACGUACAAAGUUGGAGAUCUCGUAUGGGCGAAGAUGAAGGGAUUCUCACCGUGGCCCGGCCGGGUGUCGAACCCAUCGAAGGACUUGAAGAAGCCCUCGCAUAGCAAAAAGUCGCCGAUCUAUUGCAUAUUCUUCUUCGGCACGAACAACUAUGGAUGGAUUGAGGAGUCAAAUAUGAAGUCGUAUCGUGAGCACAAGGAGACCUGCAUAAAGUUGAACAAGAGUGCGGCUUUCAAAGAUGCUAUUGAGGCUAUCGAGGAAUUCAUUGCCAAAGGACAGGUGUUUGAGGACGGCUUGGAUCCAGAUUCUCUCUUCGACAGGCUAAAGGAGGAGAGCAUAGUUGUUGAGAAGAAGACUCCAAAGAUUACGAAGCCUCGCAAGGAAACUCCAAAGGCGAAGAGGAUUGACACGAGUGUGGAGCGUCGUCCAGCUAAGAAGCAGCGACGUGAGUCGAGCGCAAGCAACAGCAAUCGCAUCGGUAGUCCAAGUCCAACGUUGAAUCAUUCUUCACCCUCUCCACCAAGAAAAUCAACAUCUACUUUACUCGACAGACCAGCUAAUAUUGCAAGACCUGUAACACCACCACUUGACGUAGAGACACUCUCGCAGACUCUGAAAGAGAAGAACAUUCUUCCAUCAAAUCUUAAAUUCGGCUUCCUCGGUCUCGGCAUAAUGGGCAGUGGAAUUGUCAAGAACCUCAUUAACAGUGGGCACAGCGUCAUCGUCUGGAACAGAACUCAAGAAAAGUGUCAAGACUUCGUUAAAGCUGGCGCAGAGCAGGGAUUAACACCCUCGGACGUUGUUCUCGCUGCGGACAUCACAUUUUCGUGUGUAGCAGAUCCCCAAGCAGCUAAAGAUAUGGUAUUUGGCAACUGCGGAGUUCUCACAGAAAUAUCCCCAGAGAAGGGUUACGUCGAGAUGACGGGAAUCGACGCAGAGACCUCCCAAGACAUUGCCGAGGCGAUAAACACGAAAGGUGGACGGUACCUCGAGGCCCAGGUCCAGGGCAGCAAAACCCACGCCCAGGAGGGAACCCUCGUGAUUUUAGCUGCUGGUGACAGAUCAUUAUUCGACGAAUGCCAGUCUUGUUUCGAGGCAAUGGGCAAGAAUAGUUUUUACCUCGGUGAAGUUGGUAAUGCCUCCAAGAUGAAUCUUGUUCUUCAGUUGAUGGCCGGAGUGACGCUUGCUGGACUUGCUGAGAGCAUGGCACUUGCUGAUCGCGCUGGCCUACAGCAGAAGGAUGUUCUCGAGGUGCUGGAGCUCACUUCGUUGGCGUGUCCAGCUAUUUUGGAUAAGGGGAGAGCAAUAAUCGAAGGUGGUUUCCCAACUCAGUUACCCCUUCAGCACAUGCAAAAGGACUUGAGAUUGUCCCUGGGUAUGUCGGACCAACUGGAGCAACCACUACCCCUAGCAGCAGCUGCUAAUGAAGUUUAUAAACACGCAAAACGUCUUGGAUACGGUGAACACGAUGCAUCAGCUGUUUAUAUUCGAGCCAGGUUCUAACCAGGGGCUUAAUCCAUCGGGGCUAUUUGCUAUAACCGUAUUUAUUGCAAUACCCAAAUGUUCCUCCCCCCAGAGGCAGAUUAAAAUGAAUAAAAAACGUUGUGGAUUUACUUUAGAAUGAUUAUUUGAAUGCGUGUGGAGACAAUGAAAUUCAGUGUGCGCUAUUGCCAAAGGAAUUUGGAGACUGCUUCGAGCGGGGUUAACAAUGGCACAACAAUGUGAAAUUGCAUAACAACAUUUUCCUGUUUUCUUUAAUUUUUUUUUUCUAAUGAACUUAUUCUUUUCAUUUUUGUUAGUAAAUAUAUAGAGUUCGAUGAAUUUGUAAAACGAAAUUGCGAACGAUCGGAGAGUUGAUCAAUCAAUUGUAAAAUUUAAGGAAUUUUAUCUGUUACUUUUGUUUUUCUUUUUUUAAGGGAAAGAUAACAGGGUCGUUCCUGAUGUUUUUUUACAUCUCACGAGUGCAGCCUACCAUUGUAGACAUAGAUUUCUCUGUCAGUUCAUCGUCUGUCAAAUGAAUUCACUAAUUUUUCCAGUUUUUUCCCUCAAAACAUUGUUUUUUAUUAUUUUUGAUCAAAAUAAUUGACUUGAAAUUUUGAGAAUUUUUGAGAAUGUGCCUUAGGAUGUCACUCGAUUGAGAAAACAAUGUGUAAAUUAAUUCAUCAUCAGGGGAAAGUAAUUUCAAUGAAUGACUUUUCCUUUAGGGAGCUAUUGUUGUAUCUAAUUUUCCUGUAAUCCGAUCUUGUGUUUAUUGGGAGACGUAGGGGAUCAGAAUGAUGGGAGAUUGACGAUUUAUCUGGUGCAAUGAUUUGUUUAAUUAUGUCAGCGGGACCAGAUGGAUUACUUUUUUGGUCUAAAACAGAUGCAUUAGACGAUAAAUUAUGGAACAAAUGGUAUUUCAAUGAAAUACGAAACAAAAUAACGUAAUUGCAUUAAUUAUCUAACGUGUUAACUUGAAAAAUUUGCUAAUCGAUUUAAUGAUUUGAUAAGGCCUGUAAUUGACAUUUUAUUAGCAUAAUUGAUGAUUUAAUAAAGGAAUAAUUGAAAUCAA